UUUACAGCAGAGGCAAAUUCCAGUGCGAGAUUAUUUCACCAUGAAGACUUCCAUCGUUGUCUUGUUAUUCGCACUGCUCACAAUUGCCAGCAUUGCCUCUUGUUCCUCAGCACCAGCCGAGGAGGAGCACCACGGCGACCGCCACGUGCGCUUCACGUGUGACGCGCUGAGCGGUUUGGGCGUGGCAGACUCGGCGUGCGCCGUCCGCUGCGUCGCGAUGAACAGAGGCUACCAUGGCGGACACUGCAAAGGGGGCGUCUGCCACUGCCGCAAGUAGGAGACCACUGGUCUCUUACAUGUACGCUCAGCAAUAAACGGUCCAGCACUGUAGAGAUACGCUGAA